CUCCUCUGCGGAGUGCGCAAAGACCCUGUUUGGAUUAGAGACGAGCUCCAGAGAAUAAAAGUGUUCCUGCAAAGUGCUGAUAAAAAAAAAGCCAGAGAUGAGAAACUCAAAGAUUGGGUGAGAUGUGUUAGAGAGGUUUCCUACGAUGCUGAUGAUAUCCUCGAUGGGUUCAACAUUCAGAUGAAGAAUUACAGCAACGUGGUGGACAAAAUCGUUGCUUGAAAUUUGCCAAGAAAUUGAUUGUCCAUCAUAAGUUCGCGACUGAGAUGCAGAGCAUUAGGAGGAGGGUUCAAGAAAUUUCUGAUGGGAGGUCGAGGUACCAGUUGGAAGCGGAACGAGAAGAAGGAGCAUCCUCAAAUGAUUCAAUCGAACAUUGGCAAGAUCCACGUCUCACUUUUUCUUCCAUGGAGGAAGAUGGUAUCACGGCGAUCGACAAGCCGGUAAGUGAAAUAAAGUCUUGGUUAUUAAAUCAAAACCCAAAACGUCAAGUGCUUUCAUUGGUAGGGAUGGGUGGAGUGGGGAAAACCACUCUUGCAAAGAGAGUUUAUAAUUCCAUGAAGAGCAGUUUUUCCUAUUGUGCAUGGGUCACUGUGUCGCAAUCCUUUAGGAUUGCGGACAUACUUGAACGGAGAUCAGGUGAAACUGAGAGAGAAGUUGAGUCUCGACUAUUGAACGAUCUCAACAAUCAUGUGAAGGAGAAAAGUUUUCUGGUAGUUUUUGAUGAUGUUUGGCAUGGCAGAGUAUGGAAUCUCAUCAAUUCUGCUUUGCCAGAGAACGAAAAACAAAGUAGAAUAAUAAUCUCAACGCGUGAUAGCCGUGUUGCCGCCAUGGUAGACAUAGAGCAACACACCCACUUUGUUGAGCCACAGAAGGAAACUUACGCUUUUGAUCUUUUCUGUAAGAAGGCAUUUCGAAAUAGGGCAGGAAGAAGGUGUCCCAAUGAGCUUGAAGAUUUGGCAAAAAGCCUUGUGUCAAGAUGCGAUGGCCUCCCCUUGGCCAUCGUCGUCAUGGGAGGCAUCAUGUCAAGGAAGCCAUUCACACAUAUCGAAUGGAGGAGGAUUCUUGAAGAUUCGGAAUGGGAGGUCCGUGAAGGUGGUGGUAAAGUCUCUCGUGUCCUUUUACUUAGUUACAGUGAUCUCCCUGUACAUCUCAAGUCAUGUUUCUUGUAUUGUUGUUUAUUUCCAGAGGAUUAUGAGAUUAAAAAGAAUGGACUUUUAAGACUAUGGGUAGCCGAAGGGUUUGUUGACAACAGGCCUGGGAAAUUCACAUUGGAUGUGGCUGAUGAAUACUUUAAAGAGCUAAUUGACAGAAGCAUGCUGCUAGUGGUUGGUGACCAAGCUGAACAUAUCUCUUCCUGCGGAGUUCAUGAUGUUGUACGGGAGUUUGCAAUCCCAAUUGCUAAGGAAGAGAUAUCGGGUGAAUUCUAUGGUGGGGUGGGUGAAUUCGUGCCGUCAAAAGGAAGAGAUAUCGGGUGAAUU